UGCCGUAUAAAAAUGGAACCCUCAUAUGAUCACGAACAUCCACAUCAUCUGCUAACAAAUUACAAUUCAAAGAAGUACCCGCACGUCUCGAGAACUCCGGAAUACAGCCACUCCACGGGCAGUGAUUAUCCGGAUCACGGCGGCUACCUCACCACGGAUGGCCGGCUGAUGCACGAGACGACCAGCGAUGCCGGUAUCUACCAUGUGCGACAAGGCAGUGAACACUCCUCGCCCAGCCUCCACUCCCCAGCCAUACAGAGCGCCGGCUACGAGAAUGAGCAUUCCCUCAACGAGGCGGUGCUGGCGGCGCACAGCCACAGUCACAGUCACUCACCCAUGCCUAUGGUGUCCAGUGCCUAUGUGACCGGAGGCAGUGCAUCGGGUUCCCUUAUCAACAGCAAUAUUAACUUGUUGAGCGGUGGCGGCGGUGGUAAUUCGGUCUUGAACAAAUUUCUAUCGCAUCCGCAUGCAGGAAUGGUGGGCCAAGGAGGUGGAGGAGGAGGUGGGGGAUCUGGGCCCAUGGAGGACUGUGCCUCUCACUCGCCCAUCGAGCCAUCGUCCAUGUGGAGCUACGACUACAAGGGCGACCUGUGUGCCCCCAAUUGUGGCUACCUGGAGCGGCACAAGCCGCUGCCCGCCGACCUCAAGUACCGACCCGGCGGAACCCAGUCAAAAAGUGCCAAAGAAUCGCGCAUCCGGCGGCCAAUGAAUGCAUUCAUGGUCUGGGCCAAGAUCGAGCGCAAGAAGCUGGCCGAUGAGAAUCCUGACCUGCAUAAUGCGGAUCUCAGCAAGAUGUUGGGCAAGAAAUGGCGCUCCCUGACACCUCAAGAUCGAAGACCUUAUGUAGAGGAGGCCGAGCGUCUCCGAGUGAUUCACAUGACGGAGCAUCCCAACUACAAGUACCGACCUCGGCGACGCAAGCAGUCCAAGCUGCGAGCAAUGCAGCCUGGAGGCAAGGAUCAAAGCGAAAGUUCACCCAAUCCCGUGGGCAAUGCUGGCUCUAAAGCGAAUCCCAAGCUGGCCACGCCUCCCCUGGCCACUGGAUCCUCUAGCUACACCACGCCCACCACCGAUGAAAGCACCUGCAAUUCCACAAACCAGAAUCUGAACCAGAGCCAGGUCUCUAGCGGAGGCGGCGGUGGCCUCUAUGAGCAGCCCCUGAAGCCCACAUACUCACCCAGCUCCGUGGACUGUUACAGCAAUGCGGACAGCUCAGAGCAGAUAGAGUCCCUAGCCUCCAAUUGUGCGCCUUCGCCGACGGGUGGCGGCGGCAGCUACGACAGCUCCCUGCUGCUCAAGAAGCUAACAAAGGCGCCAAGUGGCCGGACGGCCAAAUCCCGCCAGGAUAAUAAGCUGUCCAAGGCCGAGGACAAAGGCAAGGUGCAGGCGCAGCAGCAGGCCCAUCAGCAGGGAAUCUAUGCCACCACCUCGUAUCCGCUGGCGCCCACAUCCGUGGCCGUGGUGGCUGCCCGGGGCAUGUAUGUGACCUGCAAUAAUCGGGGUCUCCUCGACCAUGGUCACUCCGUCAAGGGCACCUUUUACCCGCCUGUCUCCGUGUCAGAGGACGAGGGCAGCUCCUCGAUGAGGAACAGUGUGAGUGUCCUGCAGCAACACUGCAAUCUGGGCACAGUGACGCCCUCCAGCUCCUCGGGACCCCUAACGGCCAGCGAUAUGAGCAGCUAUACGGUCUCCAUGGCGGAUAAUUGCGGAAAUCUUAGGCUCAGCAUGAAUGAGUUGUCCGCCCAGGAGUAUCUGCCAAGUGCUAAUGCUUACGGGAUGCAGUACGAGGACUUCCUGCGCUAUCAAUCCAAUGAUUUGGAUUACUCCACCUCCUCGUCGGCGGCGUUGGAGCACAAAGAUCCCUCGCCAGAGGGAGUCCAGAAGAGCCUCAAGUACCCGGACACAAAUCAGAACUAUGAUGACUACGAGGCGGAGGCCUACAGCAAUGCCAUGCUGCCGGCAACAGCGGCCAGCUAUUACACACAGUUACCCUAUGCGCCCACCUCGCUGGCUGCCUUUCCCCUGCAGCUGGCGGUGCCCUUCCAGCAGGCCACAACAGGUGGCUAUGGUGGGCAACCAAUGCAGAGUGGUUACCUGCAUUAUGGAAACUAUGGGGGUUAUGAGAGCAUGCCGCAGCAACAACAACAGCAGCAGCAGCAGCAACAUCAGCAGCAGCAACAGCAAUCUUCGCACUCGGCCCCUCCAGCCUUGACAGCAGCUCCUCCUCCUCAGACUGUGACCUCCCAUUCCGGCGCUUCAGCAGCUGCAGCAUCUGCAGCCAUGCAGCAGCAUCAUCAUCACCAUUUUGCCCCAGGACCCGGCAUGGUGGGCGUGGGCGUGGGCGUGGGAGUAGGAGAGAUGCUCUUCGAGCAGCAGCAGCGCAAGGACGAUGAGAUUAGCAACAUUCUGGCCGGAGUGCGGAAGACCUGCUACAGCAACUGACUCCCAAGCGAAGACAUUUGCAAUUUUGAUAACUAAAUUAAAGAGAGAUCUUAGAGAGCGUGGUUAUAGGUAGACUUAAGCCUUCUUCCA